CAUUGAGUUGGUUUUGAUUUCGUUAUUGUUGAUGUUCCACAAUUGCUCCGCACAAUUGCACUCAAUUGAAAUGAAUCAAGCCGAAGCAAUGGUUACGGAUUUGACUUCCGAUGCAGCUUUCAAAUUAGCUCAAUCAUUAUUGAAUGUUGGAUCGUGAGAUGGGCUUUUCUAUCAUUCGCAUACGCGAUAGUGACAAAGAUAUGGAUUCUUGUCCUGUUCUGCGAACAAGUGUGUAUCAAAUAGAAGUACACUCGACUAAUGAGAUAUUUGAAAUUACUGCCGAGCACAACUCAACUAAUUCAGGCAACUGUCGGAAUAAGCUAAAAUUUCUACGUUUGCUAAAUGAACAAAAAAUUACAAGAAUUCGGUACUUAAAAGAUAAUGUAAGUGGUGAGUUCGAAGAAUUAGCAGAUGAGGAGUUUCAGGAAUUCUGUGUUACAUUUGACAGGGGGAAUUUUCGUGUUUUGGAUAGCAAGUUAUCUUACAGCUUCGAUGAAGAUGAAGACCCCAGCGAUGAUCAUUAUACUGAACUCAUAGAGUUUCAUAUACAGAUAGUAGCUACUGGAAAGGAGUAUCUUGUGAAUAUGGCCGGUAUAUCUAGAGGCAUCGAGGCUACAUCAAUCGAACCAAGAACACACCCGCUACCUUCAAAAAUGCUACUCUCGUUGCUCGGCGGUGGGAAUUAUUCCAAAAUUCAAAAAAUUGUCAGAUGAAAGCUGUAAAACAUAUUUGACUACGAUCCGAUGAUUGAUUUCUGCUUACAAUAACUCAUGAAACUGCUGACCGCUCGUAUCUAGUUAUCAUCGAUUACUUCCAAGCCUUUAACUUCUACCGAUCCUUUUAGAGUGAACGGCUUACGAUAGAGCUUAGCCUGAUUAUCCUAUUCAAAACAUAUAAAUUUCACUUUUCCACUCCAUUCAACACAUUUUCUUUUUCUUCUCUUUGUCUAUUGUGACCGUCUAAGAAGGUCCUUUUCUUCUCGUCUGUUGUUGUUGAAGGGAAGCAAAAAAUUGGAAGAUUGGUUAGUUCUGCCCAAUCCAAUCUGUUCGGAAUGAAGGAUACCUUUUUCUACUUCCUCAAGUCCGAUACUGCCAGUCACACGCCAACCUUUACCACAGCGAUUUUUCCUUUUUGUGUGGAGGGUGGAAAUCCUCAGUGUACGAUACUUCAUAUCUGACCUGGCCGGCGGGCUCCCGGAAGCAUGCACACAAACAAACACAUUUUCUAUUAAUUUUACAAGAAAAAUAUCUUCCUUCCUUUCUCUGUCUUGGAGGUAAAGUCCUUUCCAGGUUCCCUGACAAUUCGUUUACUUCUAUUCUUCUUAUUCAUAGCCCAAGAGUCCCAUCUUCUGACCGGUUUCAUCUUCCACGCAUAUAUAAAUUUAUCAAACCGUGUGGUGAAAAGCAUCGAAAAUAUACAACCGAA